UUCACUUAAGCUACAGCAAACCACCCAAUGCAGUAAAAGAUCCUGAAGGCUAACGGAAGCCAGUAAAACACAAUGCAGUACUGAGGAAGCAGCAGCAAUGCACGGCUGGACAUAGAACACACAGGACGGCGAGAGCGCAAAGCUGCUCAAUAUUGCACCAUGCUGACCUGUCUCUGAUAAUUUCCAAGGCGGGUGGGUGGGGGGAACUGAAGGACACAGCCAUGCAGCCGUCUGCUUACCUGCUCUCCUUGAUGCUCUGUGCCUUGGGGACCUUCUUUCUGGUUCAUUCCAGGCAGGCAGGAGCCGCCUUGUUGACGGAGAUGGAGAGAAGGGCUGAAAACCGAUUUCUGGAGAGGCAGAAUAUCGUCCCCCUCCGCCUGAUCCCCCGCCCGGAAGACGGCACCCAGACUGUGCACGGGGUGCUCAACACUCGGGUCAGCAGCCGCUCGGAUCGGAAGCAGUCCACUCAUGUUGCCCGAGCCAGCUUCCAGGUUGAUGCAUUUGGGUCAUCAUUCAUUCUAGAUGUAAUGCUAAACCAUGAUCUGCUGUCUUCAGAAUACCUUGAGAGGCAUAUCGAGCAUGGAGGAAAGACAGUGGAAGUUAAAGGAGGAGAGCAUUGCUAUUAUCAGGGCCAAAUCCGAGGAAACUCAGAAUCAUUUGUUGCCUUGUCAACAUGCCAUGGACUUCAUGGGAUGUUCUAUGAUGGGAAUCAUACUUAUCUUAUUGAACCAGAAGAAAGCUACACUUCACACGAGGAUUUCCAUUUCCACUCUGUUUACAAAUCCAGGUUAUUUGAAUUUCCUUUGGAUGACCUGCCAUCUGAAUUCUGGCAAAUGAACACCACAUCACAGAAGUUUGUUGUAAAGCCAAGACACAAAAGGAGUAAAAGGCAGGUUCAUCAGAUUUCACGUAAAGUUGAGGAGGAAACAAAAUACAUUGAGUUAAUGAUUGUGAAUGAUCAUCUAAUGUGUAAAAAACAUAGAUUAUCAGUCGGCCAUACGAACAGCUAUGCUAAAUCAGUGGUGAACGUGGCAGAUUUAAUAUAUAAAGAACAACUUAACACCAGGAUAGUAUUGGUUGCCAUGGAAACCUGGGCUACUGAUAACAAGUUCACCAUAUCUGAAAACCCAUUGGUGACUCUACGUGAGUUUAUGAAAUAUAGGAGAGAUUUUAUCAGAGAGAAAAGUGAUGCAGUUCACCUUUUUUCGGGGAGUCAAUUUCAGAGCAGUCGGAGUGGUGCAGCCUACAUUGGUGGAAUUUGUUCACUAUUGAAAGGUGGAGGUGUGAAUGAAUUUGGAAAGCCAGACUUACUUGCAGUGACAUUGGCACAGUCGUUAGGCCACAAUCUUGGCAUUUUUUCAGAUAAAAGAAAACUACUAACUGGUGAGUGUAAGUGUGAGGACACAUGGUCUGGAUGUAUAAUGGGAGACACUGGUUAUUAUCUUCCAAGCAAGUUCUCCAAGUGUGACAUUGAGGAGUAUCAUGAAUUUUUGAACAACGGAGGUGGCGCCUGCCUCUUCAAUAAGCCAUCCAAGCUUCUAGAUCCUCCAGAAUGCGGCAAUGGUUUUGUUGAAGAUGGAGAAGAGUGUGACUGUGGUACUACUGCAGAGUGUGCCAUUGAAGGAGGAGAUUGCUGUCAUACAUGCACCCUGACUGCAGGCUCACAGUGCAGCAAUGGGCUUUGCUGUAGAAAGUGUCAGUUUGAAUCUAAAGGAGUUGUGUGUCGAGAUGCGGUAAAUGAUUGUGAUAUUCCAGAAAACUGCACAGGAAACUCCAGCCAGUGUUCUCCCAAUAUUCACAAAAUGGAUGGGUAUUCAUGUGAUAACAAACAGGGUAUUUGUUUCGGAGGAAGAUGUAAAACCAGGGAUCGGCAGUGUAAAUAUAUCUGGGGUGAAAAAGUGACAGCUGCUGACAGAUACUGCUAUGAGAAACUGAAUAUUGAAGGGACUGAGAAAGGUAACUGUGGAAGGGGCAAGGACACUUGGAUACAGUGCAACAAACAGGAUGUGCUUUGUGGAUAUCUUCUGUGUUCCAAUAUCUCUAAUGUCCCAAGACUUGGAGAACUUGAUGGUGAAAUCACAUCUUCAGUCAUACAGCUGGGGAAAUCCUACAACUGCAGUGGUGGCCAUGUUAAGCUAGAUGAAGAAACAGACCUGGGCUAUGUUGAGGAUGGAACGCCAUGUGGCCCAGAGAUGAUCUGUUUUGAGCGCAGAUGUCUCCCCACUGAUUCCUUUAACUUCAGCAUCUGUCCAGGCACUACAGAUGACAAAAUUUGUUCAGGACAUGGAGUUUGCAGCAAUGAAAUCAAGUGUGUGUGUGAUCGAUUCUGGGUAGGAGAUGACUGCAACACCGCUUACAAAGAUGCUUCAAUUUUUGAUGAAGAAAUGGCAGGCAAAGGUGUUGUUAGUACAAAUAUAAUAAUAGGGGCUAUUGCUGGCACCAUUUUAGUGUUGGCUCUCGUUUUAGGAAUAACUGGAUGGGGUUACAAAAACUAUCGGAGACAGAGACAAAUACCACAGGGAGAUUAUGUAAAAAAGCCUGGAGAGGCCGACUCUUUUUAUAGCGACAUGCCUCCUGGAGUCAGCACAAAUUCUGCAUCUAGUUCUAAGAAGAGGUCUGCCUUUCUGUCGCAUUUUCAGAUUUCUACCUGUUCCAUCACCCAUUAUUCCAUUAGUCAGAACAUUUCAUUGUUUUGCAGCAGGUCAAAUGGAUUAUCUCAUUCAUGGAGUGAAAGGAUUCCAGACACAAAGCAUAUUUCAGACAUCUGUGAAAAUGGGAGACCUAGAAGUAACUCGUGGCAAGGUAAUAUAGGAGGAAACAGAAAGAAAAUCAGAGGCAAAAAAUAUAGGCCACGGUCUAAUUCAACUGAGUAUUUAAACCCCUGGUUCAAAAGAGAAUAUAAUGUAGCUAAGUGGGUAGAAGAUGUGAAUAAAAACACUGAAGGACCAUACUUUAGGACUCUGUCUCCUGCAAAGUCUCCAUCUUCCUCUACUGGAUCUAUUGCAUCCAGCAGAAAAUACCCAUACCCGAUGCCUCCACUUCCUGAUGAGGAGAAGAAAGCUAAAAGACAAAGUGCCAGGCUCUUAGAACUGAAGCUCACCUGCUGAUGCUGGAUUUGCUGAGAAUGAAGCGAUCAGCAAGGAGGUAACAUCAUAAGGAAUCCAUGCUACCGUUUCUGAUGAACAAAUUCAUACAAAGUAGCAGAAACGUCUGAUUGCUAAUUUGCACAUAAAUGUAUUAUAUGCAAACAAAUAAGCACAUCUAGUUAAAAAAGAUUCAAUUCUUUAACUAUACAGUGUGUCUGUGUAUAAAUCUGUUGUGAAUUUAACCUUAAGUCUUAUGAGAUUUUUCUGGACAUAUUUCUUUAAGUACAGAUACGUCUAAAUGACUAACAGUUUUCUCCUUGGUGUCUGAGACUUUGAACCUGCUAAGCUGAUGUACAUAGGCCCCAUGUAUACAAUACAAUUUACUGUCUUGGUUAGUCAUAAAAUAAUGGGCCUUUAGAGCAUGGCUACAAUUAAAAAAAGAAAGAACUUUGACAACAGAUAUCAAGCCUUUUCCUUCCCCUCCUAUCUCCACUGGUGUUAAAUUAACUCAUCUGAGCCUAUCUACACCAGUGCAACAACCGUUUUCAACAUCAGAGCCAGAAAUAGCCACAUUUGCUGGUGUAAGACCUUAUACACUACAAUUUCUAACCAAAUAUGUAACCAGUUUGUUGCUUGGUUGGCUGAGUGUAGUGGACAGACAUUCCUGCAUCUAAAUUGUAAAAACUGCAGGACAUUUUAACCAACACCUCCUUACAGGUUUGGCUCCUCCAGCCGUGUGUGCCAUAGGACAUCCUAGAGUGCAUUGUCUCACGUGCUGCUGAUGCCCCACUGUGUGCGUAGCUUCCAUGCAUUAUCCCCUCUAUUGGGCAAUAUGGGAUUGCUGGCCAGACUCAUGUGUGGCUGCUAGUGUCAGCCUGUGUGGAUAGCACAUAACUUUUAAACAGUAUUUCUUGGCUCAGGGGAUAGAGUCUGAGCCUCCAGAACAGUUUUCAACAACUAUUUGGGAAAAGUCCACAACUGUAUUGCUUAAACCAGAUAACAGGAACAAGUGCUGGAAACCAUGUCAGGAUAUAGUAAUGCUGUACUGUGUUGGGGUUUUAAAGGCCUGUCUUACACUGGGCAAACGUUAUACCUGGUUUUAAAACCAAUUCAGCUAAGCCAGUCUGGCUUCUUUAGCCCCCUGAAACCAGGUCUAAAUCACAGCUUCCAUCAGUUUUAAAGUCACUUUAGCUGAACCAGCUUUAAACCAGUCAGAAAAUGUUUGCAGUAUAGACAGACCUGAAUUGCCACAGGAUUCAGAGAGAAAUGAGGAUUAGGGGAAAUACAAAGAACUAGACAAUUAAAAAGCACUCUAUGGGGAGGGAGGGCUGAGUGAUUCAGGAGUCAGAGUGGGGUAUCAAUUCAGUUGGUAACAUUUUUCAUGCUGGUUUUAAUUACAGGAGUUCAAAACCAAUACACCACUUUAUUUCUGUUUCUCUGCAUUAUUAUGACUUAAAAAUGUUUUCUUUUUAAAAACUUACACAAGGCCUUAAGACCUUAUGUAUUCAAGCUUUAGCAUGCCGAGUAUUUUUUUUACAAGCAGGUUAGAAACUCCUGUAAAUUUGCCCGACUGACCUUCAAGUAUAGCGGUGCUAACAGAUAAACAUACGAUACUGUAAGGCUGUAAUACAGUAAGUGCUAAUAUAUCAUAUUGUAAUAGUAGAAGGAUUCCUGCUCACUGCCUUUGCAUUUUAUGAUAGGGAAUAAUCAAGUGUAGGUUCAGACUAUGAGUAUAUGACCUGUUUAUUUUCUUAUGGGUAAAAAAUAUUUCAGUACUUAGUGUUUUAUACAGAAUAUUGUACUUUUCGUUUUUAUUACGAUCAUUGCAUAGAUGCAAAAUGUUAUUUUUCCAAAAUAGCAAAUUAUGCACUGUAUAAUCUGCAGGAGAAAAUACUAUUUACACUAUGACCACUUUCAGAAAAACUUUUGGCAUUGUACAUAGUAGUUGAGUCUGCCAGCUUUGUUUUGUGUUAGUAUUUUUAUCAUGUGUUGCUAUAAAAAAGAUCUAUUAAUUUCUGAAGCUAUCCACUGCAAGUAAAACAUUCAUAGUGGACAAGUACUUGGUUUCAUUACUGGGGACUGGCUAAAGUUGACAAACAAUCAUUUUGCAAAUCAUUGUCUUUGCUACCCGAAACCCUCCUAAUUCUUACACUACAUUACAGAAACAUCAGGUUUUGACAAACACCAACAAGAAAUGCUGCACAUUCUAUCAUUGCAGCUUUGAGUGUGAUAUUUUUGACAAACAUUAUAGGCAUUGGGCCAUUCAAGUGAGUGAAACUGGCUUUCCUAUAGCUAAACAAAAUGUGGCUUUUAUAAAAUAAUCUCAUUGUAAUUUGGGGUUCUAAAUUCUUGCACAGUUUUAUUAACAUCGUAAUAACCACUUCUAUGAGAGUAUUUAAUACAAAUGCCUGUGGUUUUCAAUGUUACUGACAUAUUGUAACAUCAGUAAAGUGACUUUCAAUGAAUAA